AAAAGGGAUAAUCAAAGAUGGGGGGGGGGCGAAGGGGUUGUAUUGCAGUCUCAACUUCGGUUGUUUUAGUGGCGAUGGGGUUUUCCUGCGCAGACCGAUGAAAUGAGUCUUAUUUGCUUGUGGAGGAGGAUGAUGAUGAUACCCAUUUGGACGGCGGACGGAAUGUUACAGUGGGCAAUUGGUCAUUCAGAUCCAGCAAAGUUAAAAGAAACUACAUUAAACGUGCAGCGCCUUUCUCCUGAAGAGCUGAAGCAACGUCAGAUGGAAAUCAAGGAACUGGAGAAAUUACAGAUGCCAUCAGAUGCAAAAUUGAUGAUAGUUGCAAUAAAUGAUUUGAAUAAUUUAUCUCUAUCUUUAGAGGACCGCCGUCGUGCGUUACAGGAGCUCCUUGUACUUGUUGAGCCGAUAGAAAAUGCAAAUGAUUUGCACAAACUUGGAGGGCUCACUGCAGUGAUAAGGGAACUUAACAAUCCAAACGCAGAAAUAAGAAUAAUCUCUGCUUGGAUUCUUGGCAAAGCCAGCCAAAACAAUCCUUUUGUUAUGAAAUUGGAGAGGAUUCACAAUAUUGGUAGUAUUCCAUUUCUUAGAAACCGUUAACCGAUUGAAACGUAUUAAAAGGAAAAAGGGGAAAAAUGAGCUUAAAAACAAGAGAAAAUUAACCUAAGAUC